ACUUACUGGGGGGAAAACGCAAGGCGAGCGACAGAUAUCAACAUCCCAGACUUAACAGCUUGUAAAUGGCAUGAUUUGUGAUCAUAUAUAUUAUUUAAAAUACUUUUAUUUGUGUUAAUUGCCAUACCUAUCAAUGCACGUGUUUAGACGAUCCGUUAUGCGUGGUAUGAUCUGACAACAAGCUAGCCUUCUUAACAUUAACGUUAGCUGCAGUACCUGAAGGAAUAUGUUUGUGCCAAGAUCACUGAAGGUAAAGAAAACCUCGGACAGUCCUCAGGUACCGAAGAAGUGCAAAGUGAGUUUGGAGGACGUUGAGGGAACAGCAGAUCCCAGGUGUCCUGUGACAGAAACCCCUAAUGACAUUGCGGAAACAUGUAUACAAAAGGAUCCAGUCGAAACGACAGUAAACACUGCCACAGACAGCCCUACUAAGGGCGACAUCCUUUGCACUGAACCCGAGGAACCCGCGGGAGAAGACAGCGAAUAUGAGGAUCCAGUGAAGUCUUUCAAAAAGAGUCAGAGAUGGCCAGAACCGGGAGAGCCCGUUUGUGUCAUGUGUGGACGAUACGGUGAAUACAUUUGCGACAGUACCGAUAAUGACGUGUGCAGUCUAGAAUGCAAGGCGAGUCACUUGUCAAGCAUGGGGAAAGGCUUAGUGGCAGAUAUUUUGAGUCGCAGUCAAACCACGGGGGACAAGUUAUCUCAGACAGCAUGCUCAGCUCCGAAUAAUGCAGUGGGCGGCCAGGAGAAGGAGUAUUCGUAUAAAGAAGACGACUUUAUUUCUUCCUUGACAGAGGAGCAAGUGCAGCAGGUUAAACGAGAGCUGGGCAUUGUGACAGAUGGCCAGGAUGUGGUCAGACCCAUCAUUGAGUUUGAGCAUUGCCGUUUCCCCCCAGUCCUCAGCAAGAAUCUUAGCCAGGCUGGAUAUGAGGCGCCCACCCCCAUCCAAAUGCAGAUGAUCCCUGUUGCACUCAUUGGCAGGGAUGUGGUUGCGAGUGCUGACACAGGCUCAGGGAAGACUGUGGCUUUUCUUCUGCCAGUGGUCAUUCGGGCCUUGGAGAGACGAACCCGACGAACUCCAUCCAGUCCGGCAGGCCUCAUUCUCACCCCCACGAGAGAGCUUGCCAUCCAGAUCGAGAGGCAGGUUAAGGAGCUGGUGAUGGGGCUGCCCAACAUGCGGACUGCCCUGCUGGUAGGAGGCAUGCCCUUGCCCCCUCAGCUUCACAGGCUCAAGCAAAGCAUCAAGAUAAUUAUAGCGACUCCUGGGAGACUCCUUGAAAUCUUCAAACAGAAGGCAGUGCAACUGAAUGGAGUGAAGACUGUGGUUGUGGAUGAGGCAGACACCAUGCUAAAGAUGGGGUUUCAGCAGCAGGUCCUUGAUAUCUUGGAGGAAGUUCCAAAAGAGCGGCAAACUCUGCUGACUUCUGCCACCAUUCCCCUGGCAACUGAGCAGCUAGCGGCACGUCUAACUCAAGAUCCUGUCCGAAUCACCAUUGGAGAGAAGAACCAACCAUGUGCCGAUAUCCGGCAGAUAGUUCUCUGGGUCGAAGAGCCUUCAAAGAAGAAGAAACUGUUUGAAAUUCUGAGUGACAGGAAGCUUUACCAGCCGCCUGUGGUGGUAUUUGUGGACUGUAAGCUUGGGGCAGACCUGCUCUGUGAGGCUGUGCAGAAGGUGAUGGUUCUUAAAACGGUGGCCAUUCACUCUGACAAGACCCAGCAUGAGCGCAACAGGAUCUUGAAGGGCUUGCUUGAUGGAGACUUUGAAGUGGUCAUCAGCACCGGGGUCUUGGGCAGAGGCUUAGACUUGGUCAACGUCAAGCUGGUGGUGAACUUUGACAUGCCCUCCAACAUGGAUGAAUAUGUCCAUCAGAUUGGUAGAGCAGGAAGACUGGGUCAUAGAGGCACUGCCAUAACCUUCCUCAACAACAACCACAAGCGGCUGUUUCUUCAGGUUGUAAACAGAGUGAAGCCCACAGGUUCCCAGUUACCGCCUCAGGUCCUCAACUCCCCAUAUCUGGUCGAGCAGCAACGGAGGGAGAAGCGGCAGAGAAAGGAAGACACUGUUGUCACCAAGGAGAACCUGCUUGAUAUUAUUAGAAAACAUGACAGAAGUACUGUUAGGAAAUAGUCAAUGGUGUAUCAUCUCUGGUUUGCCACUUUUGUAUAGUUUUGUAUAUUUUCAUCGAAUGAAUAAAAUGAAACGCAUUUCUUUGAA